CCUCAGACUUCACUGCCUUUGAUGCUUCCACUCGUUGUGCCAUUUUCCCGCAACCCACCUCAGCGGUUCCAGGAUUUUUCUUGGGCUUCGUCAUGACAAUGCUUAUCGACACCUGGCUGCCCUGAUUCGUGAUCAGCCUGUAGGGGCUCCAAGUCCAUCACGUUUUCCCCAGAAGUCUGUGGCUGUAAUAAAUCCCUUUGCCUCCGUCUAGAACCAACCUGAACACCGCCAUGGCUGUGACCUCGUAACCUCUUGGGUGGCGGCCUGCAGCGUACAGUGCCCGUUCAUUGUCUCACUUGCCAUUUGUAACGAACUGCAGUCGUUUUGUUACAUUCACUUCUCCUAUUUUUAAUGCUUGGCCUUUAAACUGCAGCCUUUCGACGUCAAGAGAUCAAUACUCAAGUGAUCGAAAUUUCUGCAUCUGCAAUUCCUCCAAGAGGUGUCUGCAGAAGUUCCGCCUUUUGACCAUUCACGAUGAGCCAUCCACAAAUUGGCCAAACCAUUGCCGUCUUCGACAAAUCAGGGAAGGUCGUCAGUACGAGCAAGCAUCUUCUCAAUAUAUUUCGGGAAGCAAAGGAUGCUUAUCGCGAAAAGAAGGCCGAGAUCAACGCCCAGCGUAAGGCUGAAUUAGAAGCCAAGCGCGCCCGUCGCGCUUUGGAGAAUUUUACUUUUGAUGAGAGAGCUUCGGCCGCUCCGUCCAAGGUCUCGUCCAGACGCACUCAUCGUACCAGACGCUCAAGGGCUCGCCAUCAUGAACCUGUUUAUCAAUAUGAUGACGAAUAUUAUGCCGAAGACAUGCGAAGACAGACAGCACCAACAAUACGUCGCUACGAACAAGACUACGACAUGCCUGCACCGAGAAUGGAAAUCAUUCGUCGUCAUACGACCAAUGAUGCUCAAAUUGCUCACCGUCCUCUGCCUACUCGCUCAGCAACGGUAGCUGGGCCAGCCAUUGAUAUGGACCUUGCGUACGGCGAAAUCCCGCCACCUCUGCCGCCAAGGCACGAAGAUGAAGACGAGCUCAAAGGUCUCCUUUCAAAGCUGAAUCUCGCGCUUGAUGAAGCCCACUGCGUGCGACAUACUGUCACGACUAUGGUUUCUUCGCUUCAGAAAAAUCCGGACGCCAUGGCCGCCGUGGCCUUGACCUUGGCAGAGAUCAGUAAACUUGCAGCCAAAGUAUCGCCUCAAGUUCUGACUGCUUUGAAAGGUAGCUUUCCUGCCAUUUUUGCUCUCAUGGCUAGCCCACAAUUCAUGAUUGCGGUUGGCGUGGGUGUUGGUGUCACCGUUGUCAUGCUCGGUGGUUACAAAAUUGUCCAAAAGAUUCAACAACGAAAGGUGGUGGAUGCGCCAAUGCCAGUUGCGGAAGAGGUCCAGCCAGAGUUCGAUCAGCUCGAAGAGAUGGAUGUUGACCUUUCUGGUAUCGAGACGUGGAGACGUGGGAUAGCCGACGCUGAAGCCGAUAGCGUAGCCAUCAGCGUUGAUGGCGAAUUCCUUACCCCCGAAGCUGCCUCGAUUCUGCGCGAAGAGAGGCAGCGGGACAGAACGGGACAAAGUGAAGCUAGCAGGAGAACGAAAUCCACGAAGCAUACCAAGCACAGAAAGAGUGAGAAGGGGGACAAAGAGAAGAAAAAGAAGAAGCACUCAAGCUUGCGGCUCCUAUUCCAUGCAUAGAACACUCUUGGCAUUACCAUUAGAACCUUCAAGCGGGGUGGUUAGUGGAUGUUUUUUUGUUUUGUUUUUUUGGCCUUCAGCAAGGACUUUUUCUUUAUAUUUAUAUGGAAGCGUUGUGGCUUUGGCGCAAGCCUUGAAGUAUGAGAAGCUUUAAUAGGCGAUUUGUCUUCUUUUAUUUGAUUUCAUUUGUUCAGCAUUGGACAUUUUAUACAUCCUUUUGAUAUUUGCAUUGGCAUAAGCGGAUCAUUAGACAGGUAGCUUGUCACUAAUCUAUGCUGUAUCAUGCGAGAUGAACUCAUCUGUUGUGCCUACAGCGCAUCCAUAAACCCAC